AGCUCCGAUCAUCAUUGUUCGUCCACCCGUUCAAGUGCGCGCCACGCGACCCAGGUUCCCGCCGCGAAAAAACGUUUCAAAAUUUUAAACUCCCAAAAAAAAAGUUUAAAAAUUUCGAACAAAACAUUUUCGACAUUCGACGGUUUUUUGGCGACUUCCGCGAGACCCGCGAGGCCAGUCCCUGUGUGUGUUCCGUCCGAAGCUGUCCGCCCUUGGCCAGGUAUUUGCCCCGUUGGCGGAAUUUGCUUGGUUUUCGAGCACACUUUUUUUUUCGAGGAUUCGGUUGUGGCCAGAGUUGACCACCAGUCCCAGGCAGUGUCAGCAGUUUGUUUCUGAAAAGUGCAGCACUUGGUCAUUUCUGGUUGGCGUGGCUUCACUGAGUUGACUCUUCGUUGAGAAAGAAAGAACAAAUAUUGACCUGGUGUUGGCCGAGGGAGCGACCCUCACAGACCCUAUAGGAGCUGCUAACCUGUUCCAGCAAAGACCGGAGGAAAAUCAAACAACCCGAGGGGGGAAGAAAGUGAAAUUGUUGUUUGUUCUUUCAUGAAAGUGUGCUGAAAGUGGACAGUUUUGUAACAUGUGGUAAACUUGAAAACUAGCGGUGGACAGUACUUUUAGUUUGAACCUGUGAAUCGUGAGGAAUUUUGAUUUUAAAUUCAAAGAAGCAAUCAUCGAAAAAAAAAAACUCUACGAGACCAACGAGGACUGGCCCAUUCUUAGCACUCAACGAUGGCAUCAAAUCAAAACGAUAGCAUACCGUUCUACGACGUGUUUGGCUACUACGAAUGGACGCUGACACUGGCCGACCCCCGGACGAAAGGAUGGCCCCUGGUCGAUUCCCCCGUUCCGACGCUUCUGUGUGUUCUCGCUUACCUGCUCGUCGUCUGGGUGGGACCAAAACUUAUGCGAGACCGAAAACCGUUCGACCUCAGCUCGGUGCUAAUACCGUACAACCUGGCGAUGGCCCUGCUGAAUUUGUACAUUUGCGUCCAGCUGUUUGUCGGUUCCACGCAGCUCGGCUACAGCUACAUCUGUGAGCCGUGCCAGCAGAGCUUUAGUGGGCCUGAGAUGAGGAUCGUUGGAGCUGUCUGGUGGUACUACUUCUCCAAGGUACUGGAAUUCAUGGACACGUUCUUCUUCAUCCUGCGCAAAAAAGAAAACCAGCUCACGUUCCUGCACGUGUACCACCACAGUACCAUGUUCUCGUUCUGGUGGAUCGGCAUCAAGUGGGUGCCCAGCGGAAGUACCUUCCUUCCGGCCAUGGUCAACUCGUUCAUCCACGUGCUGAUGUACACGUACUACGGACUGUCCGCCGUCGGACCGCACAUGAACAAGUAUCUCUGGUGGAAGAAGUACCUCACCAUCCUGCAGCUGAUCCAGUUCACGAUCGCCCUGGUGCUGGGAGUCAACGGAAUCGUGACCGGCUGUGAGUUCCCGCUGUGGAUGCACUACACCCUGAUCGGCUACAUGAUCUCGUUCAUCGUGCUGUUUGGCAACUUUUACGCGCAGGCCUACAUUAAGGGGCACAAGAUCAAGCAGUUUGAAAUCAAUUCCAACAGUUUGGAUCUCAAGAGCAAAAACAAGGCCGAAUAAUCGAUGCGCCCGACGACCCGAACCCCACCAGCAUCGAUUUUCAACCGAUCGAUUGUAAAAAAAAUGGAAGCCGUUGGUAGAAUUGUGUAAAAUGCUUAGGUCUAUCUUACUUGUCUAUAGAGCUACUUUAUAUUGCACGGAUGUUGGACUGGAACGAAUUGAUACGAUAAGUAAUAUUAAGCCGAUCGUGACAAAGAUUUGUGGAUUUUUUUACCAUUAGUGGAAGCGUGAAUGUUUAUGUUAAACACUGUCAAUAAAAUUAAUAAAAUAAAA